AGUGAUUGAUGUCUAUCGGCGGCCGCCGUAGCUAGGGAUGGAUAGUUUGUGUCUGUUCGCGGUUUUCGUUGCUUCAUGAUGGUUGGUUCCGAGCGAGCACAGGGUCUCCCGCCAUCGCCAGACAUAUCGCCAGAGUGGGUCAUAAUUCAUGACAUCGGAGGUUCCGAUUCCAACGCGUCGACUCGCCACGAAAUCCACGAGCUCGAGUUCGACAGAGCUUUAGAAUUCACCCCCAAGAUCAUCGUGAUCGAACCGCGGAGUUUGGCGGACGCCACGACGAGAUGGAUUAACAUCGGUAACGGCCUCAACCGGGUCGGGAUCGCUUGUGGCCUCGCAACGGCAGCAACGUUCUCGGCCACCAAAAGCACUUCCCAAUCUCUGUACAUCAUGUUCCCGUUGGUGGGUGUGAACGCCCUGUGUUGCACGUUGUACAACAUGUCUUGGAGCAGCGAUCCCUGCGUACACUACCAGGUGAACAAAUCGCCCAAGAUACUCGAGGAGCUGCCCACGGGAGACAAAAUCGCGAAAUCUGUGAUUCUAGUUCGAUCCUCAGACACUAAGCGAAGGGUCUUUCACACAACUGUGACCUUGGUUGCUCUAUCUCUGGUUGUACUCAGAGUUUUCCAAUGGUUCAAACAUUUGUAGAUUGUUUGGGAACUAGAAGCUAGAUUCAGCAAAUUCAGGUUUGCCCGGACUCGCCGGAAAUCCAUGCCGCAUACUUCAUCGGCUCGAGGAAGAAGCUAGAUAAGCAUGAUUCCUUAAGCUUUGAAACGAUCGACUAUCGGGAAUCGUGAUCCAGAGUUGGACGGCGUGUAUUUCUUCGGCGUGGAUAUCGGA